ACGCGAGUGGGAGCCCGGGAUACGGUCCCGGCGGAAACUGACCUACAAGGACUCGGCGUCGGUGGCCUCGUCGGCGGCAGCGGCGGCCGCUCAGGCAGCAGCAGCCGCCGCCGCAGCUGCUGGUUCGUCCUCGGCCGAACUGCACCAGCACUCGUCGUCGUCGCUAAUCCGCAGCAGGAGCAACUCGCACAGCGGCAAAAAGGAACCAAAGAGCGGUGAGGGCAACAACGGCAGCGUCGUGAUACAGGACUCGGGCUUCUCGACGGAGACGUCCUCGUCCAAGGAGACACACAGUGCCUCGUCGACGACCGGGGGCGCCACCAGCAGCGGGAGCGGCCUCGGCGGCGGCAUCACCAUCAUCGCAGGGCAGGGAACUACUACCGUAUCAAAUACACCCAUCAAUCGACUAACUGUAGAUACCGAGAACGAACUGUGGAACUUACUAGAUGUGAUACAUAGGAAAAGCAAUCGCCUUCGGGAGGAGGUGGACGCGCUGCAGCAGCUGGAGCGGGAGAAGUGUCGAACAAAUCAGCUUAACAACAACAUCAAUAAUCACACGGCCGUCGUUAGCAGUACUAGUAAUCUUAAUAAUAAUGUAGGCAGUAGCAGCAGUAGUAGUAAUAGUAGUAAUAGUAGUAGUAGUAGCGGCAACCUUCCUCACACGCAUCAGCCGCAUCAGGGCGUUGUUCCGAGUGCCAACGGUUCUAAUGUCAGCCUAGCGAAAACCUUUCAAAACCAGCUUCUAGUGGACAUUGUAAAUAAUAAGGAUGAUGUACAAAUUCUGCGGAAGGAACGGGAUCGACUGUUCGACAAGCUGUCCGAGUACGAGGCGGAAGCGAUUGCUAGUCGGAUACGGACCUCGAAGAUGCAGGACGAAGUCGACGCGCUGGCGCUGGCCAAGCGCGAACUGGAGGACCAGCUGAAGGCCGCGCUCAGCCAGAAGCUAGAACUUAACAGUAGGAUUCAUGAUCUCCAUCAGCAGUUUACGGCGGGCAACAAGAGUGCGCCGAGUUCACCGGACUCCAUCAAAAGUCGACACCCGUUGACGCCGGGUCUGCGGAAGCAUUCGUCCACGGAUUCCACCACCAGUACCAUCAUCGCCACCCCCUCCCAUCUAUCGACGUCGCCCUCGUCCGGUAGUCAAACUACCAUCCCGGCGGCGACGCACCUCCUCAAGCCGCGCUUCAGUCAAUCGAGUUUCGCGCCCGUCAAGGGCCUCAGCGUCAGCGUCAGCAGUAGCAGCGCCAGUAGCAGUAGUGGCGGCGGUGCCGGUGCCGGUGCCGGAGCCACUGCGAAACAUCCGACGACCGUUGUUCCGUUGGCUGUGAUAGCGACGGCGCCUCCUGCCAGCGAUUUCGACUUCGACCAGGAAGAUGCUGUCGCCCAACGGUUGCUUGGCCACCACGGUUCGACGGCGACGACGGACGAGCUCGGCAAGCUGGACGGGUUGGUGAGUUCGCCGGCGCGGCUCAGCAAGGUGCGCAUGACCGAUUCGAAGAAGUUCGCCGCCAUCCUGCUGGAGUCGAACAUUGUCGAACUGCAGCGGCACCUGCUGACCAUCACGGUGCAGAAUCAGGUGAGUGAUUUUGUGGGUGGGAAGGGGAGAAGCGACCUGAAUUCCAUUGGUUUAUGGUGACAAAGAACCGAACGCACUUCAAUGAAGGUGGGAGGUGAGCGGCACAGUAGUAGUUGACCGAUCAUAAAACGUAUCACAAAAGCCGGGUCGGCCGCUUGAUUGGAUCGGCCAGAGGGGUAAUUUGCAUUUUAAGUUGAAUAGAGUCUGGAAUGAAAUGAGCGAAUGCGCUUUUCACACACCCACCUGGGCUGAUGAAUGGCUGUGGCUAGUGUGACGCUCCCUGUGUGACGCACAGUGGGAUAUGCACGUCAAACAGAGAUACUAAAGUACUUGAAAUGUUCUCUAAGUUUCGACCUAAAUAUCUCAUUUAACAAAAUAGAACACUUCUGAUCCACAAAACUGUAACAUUUGGUGUAAAGCUGUUAGAUUAGUCAGAGUAUAGCAUUUGUAUUAUUCUUCUACUUAUUAGGCCGGAACAAAUCUCAUUUUCUUCUUUUGUCACAUUGGUCAU